AUGUUUGCAACUUAUGCCCAAAAUGGACAUCUACUGGAUGCGAGGGAAGUGUUCAACGACAUGCCACGGAAGGACACAGCCUCCUGGACUGCAAUGUUGUCUCUCUAUGCUCAAACCGGCCACCUCUUGCAUUGUAGAAAGCUCUUGCUUGAGAUGCCCGAGAGGUGCUUGGUCGCUUGGAGCUCGUUGCUAGCCAGCUGUGUUUGUAGUGGUAACUUUAGUGAAGCAUUGGAUGCAUUUUACAAUUUGAGAGACGAUUGCUUUCUUCCGGAUGAGAUUUGCUUCAUGUCUGCCCUUGCGGCAUGCAGCCAAGUAGGCAAGGUUUAUCUUGGAGAUGCUUGGCAUUUGCGUGAGGCUGGCGAGUUGACAUCAUGCAUGCCAUUUGUUCCAGAAGUUUUGGAGUGGUGUUGUUUGCUUAAUGGGUGUAAAAUCUAUGGCAACCUUGAGUUGGGAGCCUUUGCUGCUAAGCAUGUCACAGAGCUGGACCCAAAGCUCAACAUGGCAUAUAUUCUCACGGCCAAUGCUUUUUCAGUCCUAGUUUGA